UUCUCUUGUGGUAUUUUUCAGUUUUCUCAAAUCCAUUGCCAAAUAAUGAUCCUGAUGGCUCAAUUGAUAAAAGCACCUCUUUACUGGCCGCAGCAAAUGCCAAUGAGCAUCCAAUGACAUCAAAUAAUAUCCCUGAAAAUAAAGAUGAUGCUGCUGGUGAUGGUAAAGAUCCAGGUAUUGCAGUUGCAAAGACAGAUGCAGAAAACAACACCUCACCUGAUGUCAACCAACACGUUAGUAAUGAGGAAACAGAACCUAAAACGCCUGAAGCGGGUUCAAAGGAGAAAAACACACCUGGACCUGAUGACAAACCUGAGGAAACGGCUGAUGGAGAAGGCACAAAUGAAGUCGGAAGUGAAGGAGAGAUGCACUCCACAGCCGAGCAGAAUAAAGCAGCUGGUGACCAAAACAUCCCUGAUCCUGAUGAAGAUCAAUCAAUAAAAGACAAGACUCCUGAAGAGGAAGAACCAACGGACUCUAAACCUACUGACGAUGAACCACUCGUUGAAAAAACUGACGAGAAGCCCAACACACCUGAUGAAGAAACUGUUGAUGGCGAAGCUGAAACUAAUGUUGAUGAAGGACAGAACACAACUGAUGAUGAUGAUGAGGAUAAAACCGACUCUGAUGAAGAGGAUGACGAAAACCAGACCGAAUCUGAGGCUAAUCCGGGCAGCCAAGAGGGAAAAACUGAAGAUGACACUGAGCAAGAUGUGGGUGACGGUGGCGAUGCUGAUACUGGUGAUCUUCUUUCAGGUGAACUGGGUAAAUCUGACCCCAAGGUCCUGGAAAAGAACUGGAAAGCGAAGGAGGAUAACGAGUUCGAGGAGAGCGCCGAGAGCAGCCACUUCUUCGCCUAUCUGGUGGCGGCCAUCAUUCUGGUGGCGGUGCUUUAUAUCGCCAGUCACAACAAGCGCAAGAUCAUUGCUUUUGUCGUUGAGGGUCGGAGGUUAAGAGGCUCGCGGAGACCCAAAACAUCGGAUUACCAAAAACUCGACCAGCAUUGAGAAAGUGCAGUCCGACGAGUCAGCAGGGGAUGAAUGGAAAUAUUUGAACUGUGAUCUUGAAACUUGAAUUAUUAAUAAUGCGGCGUAUAUUAACACAGCAGAUCCUCACUAACUCGUCUUUAUCCGCUCAUAGCAUGUCAGGUGUGGUGGAAACAUAGAGCCGUGAUAACUGAGCUUCAUUCAUUUACUGGUACAAAUACAUAAAUCAGGUUCAUUAUAGCGGUACAUACUGUAGAUGUCGGUUCAGUCUGUGUCCUCUCUUUCCAUUUAUUUCCCCAGCCUUUUUGCUUGAGUUUCCUUGUUUGUUUUCUCUUUCCUCGAGUUAUAGCUGGGCGAGUUGUGUAAUACAGACGGAAACUGCGUGUAUAUCUUUGAGAGUGUGUUGGUUGUGGAUGUUUUGUGGGUAACUGGGAAUGAUUUUUGAAUCAGAGUUGUGCUGUACGAGUUCUUGAAGCGGAUCACACACGUGAAGGGUGUGUGAAUUGCACUUUCUGUCAGUGUACAUGUGUAAAGGAGUUAUUAAUCUGCGCUACAGAUAUUCUACACACUAAGAAUGAUGAAUCAUCUUCACACACGCUCAACAAUAAGGAUGUUUUCAGUUCAGAUUAACAAGAAAAAAAUAUUAGUGCUGGGCAACGAUUAAUCGCAUCCUAAAUACAAGCUUGCAUAAUAUGUGUGUGUGUAUUGCGUAUAAUUAAUUUGUAUAUAUGAAUACACACAUGCAUGUAUAUAUUUAAGAAAAACGGGUUAUUUAUAUAUUAAAUAUUCAUAAAUAUAUAUAUAAUAUAAAUUAUGUAUAUAUACAUGCAAAUGUUUCUUAAAUAUAUACAUGCAUAUGUUAGUGUUUAAAUAUAUAAAAUAAUGCACAUCACGCAUAUAUUAUGUAAACUCAAACGUUUAAUUUGGAUGCUUAGCACAAUAUAUAUAUAUUUAUAUAUUUUAUGUUGAUGUGUCAGAGAGAUGUUUUAUAUUUUCCGUUAAACAUUCCAACAGUGAAAAAGUACGUUAUUUAUGGAAAUUAUUAUUUAUGUUUUAAAGCAAAAAAAAAGACCUUUUAUAAUGUCCAAAAGGUCGCCACUUUUAAAUCCUUCAGCCCCGAUUUGUGACAACUUGCACUUUUCAUUCACCAAAAAGCUUUGGUGCUGAUGAAGAAACCACAAUCUUAUUGAUUUAUUGUUCUUUUCAGCAGCCACUGAUUCAUUUGAAGAUGUUUUGUGGUGUGUAGUAACCCGUGCUUGAUUCACGGAGCGAGUCACUGACGAACGAGAUUCUUGUGCCAAAUCCAGACAAUGGCCAGAAACGAGUAGCAAAAGGACAGAUACGCAUAGUACACCUCUUGUCUUGAUCCUAAAAACGGGAAAUGGGUAUGUUAUCGGGUGCCAUGUUAUAAGCUAUCACACUCUCGCUGUGCCUACUGUGAUGCCCGUUGUGUUUUCUGUGGAGCCUGUGAUUUGACGUUUAACCAUUUUUCUUGAAAUGAAGGAGGUAUUUUGAUUUCUUAUGUGGGUAUCGAAUGUGACGGGGUGUAACUUGCCUGUUUACUGUGGUCUGUCUUUUACCACUAUUCCAACCUUUACACAAGUGAUAUUCUUUCUACAUGGAAAAGGAAAUUGAAUAAAGGUUUGAUUUUUUUCUGGUU